GGGUCGUAACUCAUAUGGCGACUUGCACUCGCAGCUCUACGCUAUCUCGUGCUCUCCUCCUUCCUUAUCUCCAUAGCCGAACACAAACGUUAUGCGAGCCCAUCAGAAUCGCCCGGUUCAGUUCAACCAUGAAGCAACCCAGACCUCCCUCACUAUUCGUUCGCAGUCAGGCCAAGCGUGGACCUUUUCUCAAACAAGACCAAGUAGCAGCAACUACAGGUGAUCUUGAAUUCGAGGCACCAUUAAAAAUCGUGGAAUAUCCAGACCCUAUACUCAGAGCCAAAAACAAGCGAAUUGAUAGUUUUGAUGACAAUUUAAAGAAAUUAGUUGAUGAAAUGUUCGAUGUCAUGUACAAAACUGAUGGUAUUGGACUCUCCGCCCCGCAAGUAGGAAUUAAUGUUCAACUUAUGGUAUUCAAUCCAGCUGAUGAGCAUGGAGAAGGAGACGAAAUUGUUCUUGUUAAUCCCAGAGUUAAUAAGUAUUCGAAGAAAACUGUGCUCUUUAAUGAAGGUUGCCUAUCCUUUCCUGGGAUAUACGCCGAUGUUAAGAGACCAGAAUCUGUAAAGAUUGAUGCGAGGGACAUUAAUGGUGCAAGGUUUACUGUGAACUUGUCUGGUCUUCCUGCACGGGUUUUCCAGCAUGAAUUCGACCAUUUACAGGGGAUUCUGUUCUUUGAUAGAAUGACUGAAGAAGUUCUUGAUAGUAUUCGUCCAGGGCUACAGGCCUUGGAAAAGAAGUACGAGGAUAAGACUGGAUUCCCAAGUCCUGAAAGAAUAGAAACACACAGAUUGAAGAAGGUUGCCGCAGGUUUUGGAAAAUUAUAAAUAUAGACAUGGGCUUCUGUUUACUGCAUGAGGUAUUGUGGAAAGUAUAUAGAAACAUGUCUGUUCCCACAGGCACAUAGAUGAAAUUUAGGCUGAUGCUGCACAUAUCAUCAUAUGCUGGGGCAAGCGCUGUGCAAUUUUGAACCCAAGAACCGCAAGCUACAGGGUGUGGCGGUGGCAAUAGAUGGUUUGCUUACAAAGUUAUUUACAGCAGAAAUAUUUGUAUUGCACUUGCAUUUUAGCAACUAAUGGUGCUAGGGAUUUCGUAGCUUGUAUUGUUUACUGGGAUGAACCCCCCAUCUGUCUAUAUUCAAGUCCGCUCAACUUAUUGAUGCAGCUACUUUUCUUA